AGUCGCAUUUGAUCUUUGAUUCGAUGCUUUUUCAGGGCAAAACACCACGACCACAACGGACACCUGCCUGAGCUGCCUCUACCUGAAUCUCUCUUUACUUUCCAUGAGCAAUUGACACCCACUGGUUGCAUUGGUCUUGGUCACUGGCUUUUUUCACUGCUUUUCUCCUUUCUGAAUAUUUAGAAAUGGCCUUGGUCUUUGCGGUUCUGGGCUUCUAGCACCUGCUCCUUUCUCUUUGUGCCUUUUGAUGUCAUGUGGUUAGCCACAUAAUUUGUUCUUUUAUCACACCCAAUCCCCCAUCCUCAAGAUUUUCACCUAGAACACUUCAAAGUUCGAACUGUAAAACUUCUUGACAAGUUGACAUAUAGAUAUAGGGGCUCCAAACUCUCUCUCCUCCUCCUUGGGGGCAAGAUCAUAUAUAAGAUGGUUUGAAUAGGAGAAGUUGACCAUUUUGAGGGUCCAAAUCCAAGCCUUUUCACGCCUGUUUUGAAUUUUUUGAUACCAAGAAACCUUCUGUGGCAUUGGAUUCUUGAUUGCUGGACUGCUAGUUGACCACUGGAAAUGCAGGAGCACAUCAUGAUGUUCUUGUAUUAAAAAAACUGAAGAUUUCUGAAUUCGAUUCGUUGUUAGCCAUGGAGGGAGAAGAAAAAGUUUCACCAUUUCUUGAUGUGCCCAAGGAUAUCCCCAUUGCCACCAAGUCCCUCACCAUCAAGACGACGAACACCAAUGGCGGGCGCGGCGGCGGCGACUGGUCGAACCCCAUCUCGCCGGCCAUCUCCUUCUCGCCGUACCUCAACUCGCCGUCGCCGCCGUCCUCCGCGUUCGUCUCCGCGCUGCAGUCACCCUACGUCUCCCCUCGCCUCGCCGACCCGCCGCCGCCGCAGCAGCCGCAGCCGCAGACGCCGCGACAGCGGCAGCAUCGGGAGACCAAGGCGUCCGAUGUCGCCGCGGCCGCCGCGUCGACGCCGACGUCGUGCACCGACGUGUCCCACUCGGAGGACACCGACGCGCCGAGCGCCUCCCGCGGCGGCGGCGGCGGCGCGCCGCCGCGCGGGUCGUUCACCUUCCCGGUGCCGCGCGUCUCGUUCACCCGGGGCAUGGUGGCGUCGCCCAUGUCCACCACCAAGCUCCGGAGCUGCGACGUCUACAUCGGCUUCCAUGGCGGCGCGGGCGCGGGCGCGGGCGCGGCGCUCACCAGGUUCUGCAAGUGGCUCAAAUCCGAGCUCGAGCUCCAGGGCAUCGCCUCGUUCAUGGCGGACCGGGCAAGGUACUCCGACGCGCAGAGCCACGAGGUCGCAGACCGGAUCAUCUGCUCGGUGACCUUCGGCGUCGUGGUGGUCACCAUGGCCAGCUUCCUCAACCCGUUCAGCCUCGAGGAGAUCCGGUUCUUUGCUCAGAAGAGGAACCUGGUGCCCAUCCUGUUCGACACCGAGGUGCUCGACAUUGCCGGGCUGUUCGAUGAUGACAAAUUCGAAGGUAACAAGGAAGGUGUGGAAGCAUUUGAGGGGCUAAUGCGAUGUCAUGAGUUCAAGCUCGAGACUGAUGAGAGCAACUGGAGAGGUUGUGUGUCAAGAACAGCAGCCGUGCUGCAAUCGAAGCUCGGCCGAAGGUGCAUUGGUGAGAAGGAGAGCCAUGGUGUUGAGUGCCUGCCAUUUCCGCGGAACAAGCAUUUUGUUGGAAGGGAGAAGGAGCUCUCUGAGAUUGAGGGCAUGUUCUUCGGGCGCGCAGACGAUGCCGGAGAAGAUUUCGGGUGCCCAAGAGGUGCCAUGACUACUGGUGAAUCAAGCGUUGGUGCUUCAGAUGGUUUUGCUGAUGAGGAUAGUGACACUGUGAGGACAUCCAAUGGCAGGUUCAUCAGCUUGGAUUUGCGCAAGUGCAAGCAACCUAUGUUAGAGGCAUUUGUUGAUCCUGUCAUAGGGAAGUUCUCGGGUAAAGGGAGAAGCAUUCUGAGGCAGAGAUCAAAGAACAAGAAGUCAAGAUUCAGGUGUAGCAGCAAGAGCCAUGGCAAUGCCGGUGUGAUCUGCAUCAAUGGCGCUUCGGGCAUCGGCAAGACGGAGCUUGCAUUGGAGUUUGCGUACCGAUACUCGCAACGAUACAAGAUGGUGUUGUGGAUUGGAGGUGAGGCCAGGUACUUGAGGCAGAAUAUACUGAAUUUGUCGAUGUAUUUGGGAUUGGACAUCAGUGCUGAGGCUGAGAAGGAGAGGGGCAGGAUCAGGAGCUUCGAGGAGCAAGAACAUGAUGCAUUUCAAAGGGUGAAGCGAGAACUUUUCAGGGAUGUUCCUUACCUUCUUAUCAUCGACAACAUCGACAAUGAGAGGGAUUGGUGGGAAGGGAAGGACCUUCAUGACUUCAUACCUAGGAACACUGGAGCAAGCCAUGUCAUUGUGACAACACGACUACCCGUUGUGAUGAACAUUGAACCAAUGCAGCUUCUGCAGCUCUCAUUUCCUGAAGCUGUGAUCCUGAUGAAGAGGAAAAUGAAGGAGGACUACCCUUCCGAGGAAAUUGAAGUUCUUCGAAAAUUCGAUGAGCGGUUGGGCGGACUGAGCUUUGGCUUGUGGAUUGUCAGUUCUCUGUUGUCCGAGUUGAUGAUUGCUCCUUCUACGCUGUUUGAGGCUGUUGACCAGAUAUCGUUGAGCGAUACCAUGCUCGCUCUUGGUGCCAAUGAUGAAAGCUUAUGGCAGAACAAUUUGUUCCUGAUUAAGGUACUAGUCUUCUGCUUUGCAUUGAUGGACAGGGUGAAAGGGGGUAGCCUUGCCUUGAGAAUGAUCACUGCUGGUUCAUGGUUAGCUCCAGCUCCCAUGUCAUCAACCCUACUAGCUACCAUGGCCAGCAAGCUACCAACAAAAGCCAAUAGCAUUCAGUUGUGGGGUGAAUCCCUCAAGACGGCAUUGUUAUGCGGCACACACUGCUUCCUAGCUCCACAAGCAAAGAAGGCUGAGGUGGAGUCAUCCCUCUUACUAGUAAAACUCGGCUUGGCACGAAGAACAACGCAUCACCCGGGCUUCUGGAUCCAGUUUCACCCAAUCAUGCUGCUGUUUGGCAAGAUCAGGGGUGGUUUGGCACCUGCAACUGCAGCUGUAUCAGGUGUCAUAAGGUCUAGAAACAUAUCUGUGUACUCAGACCACAUGUGGGCUAGUGCGUUUCUUGUGUUCGGCUUCAAGUCUGAACCACCUGUUGUUCAGCUCAAGCCGGGUGACAUGGUGCUCUUCAUCAAGAAGAUGGCGCUGCCCCUCGCAAUCCAAGCCUUCAUGACAUUCUCUCGGUGUGGUUCAGCAUUGGAGCUUCUUAAGGUGUGCACCAACAUCCUCGAGGACGCAGAGAAGUCGCUCGCAUCGCGGAUACAGGACUUGAAGCAGGGGCCAUUGUGCUGGAAGAAGAAGCUGCAGACGAACAGCCAUGCCGAUGAGUUCAUCUGGCAAGAGGUGACACUGCUCAAGGCAACGCUGCUCGAGACAAGGGCGAAGCUGCUGAUGCGAGGCGGGUUAUUCGACAGCGGCGAGGAGCUCUGUAGAACCUGCAUCAGCAUCAGGACUGUCAUGCUUGGGCAUGACCAUUCCCAGACACUGGCUGCUCAGGAGACAUUGGCAAAGCUGGUUAGAUACAGGAGUAAAAUCUGAAACAAUGCGAAAACCUUUCAGACUUCAGAGUUGAAUGGUGGUAUAAUUCACGACACAUUCUGUUGUGGGAUCUAAAGAGUAGCGAGUUUUUUGAGAUCAUAUGUAACUUGACUACAUUGAUCUGUACAGUUGUGCUCUUUGUAUUCCACUACUGAUUUUGCAGAUGAAAAAUUCAGGGAAAACAUGUUAUCAGUGCAGAAUUCUCAGCCCUUGGAUAUGUUGGGUGAUGGCACUCAUAUGACUAGGAUAUGUUACCACUCACCAGGAGAAACUACUGCCAUUCUAUUUGCUGAAAAUAUAUGUUUUUGCUGACCAUUAUGAAAA